AUGGUCGACGCUGACUCGGAUUUGGUAGCCAAUCAGGUGAUGAAGGAAUGGGAUGUCCGAAACCCUGCCAUGACAAGAUAUUGCAACACAGUAAGGAAAUUAGAGAAAAAGUUCGAGGGUUUGGAGCUUCACCACAUUCCCCGAAUCAAAAAUCAAGCAGCUGAUGACCUGGCAAAAAUAGGUUCCACUCGGAAGCCUAUCCCCAACAACGUGUUUCUUGAGCAUCUCCAUUCCCCAUCAGUACAAGAGGAUCCUUUCACUGAAGAACCUCCCCAAGCAAUAACUCCUACUGAUCCGACUGAGAUCGAGGUUCCAGCAGUCAUUGACCUGGUUAUGGAGAUCCUAGUAAUCACCCCCAACUGGACAAUACCGUACAUUACAUAUCUACUCAGGCAGGAGCUCCCAGAAGAUGAAGUUGAAGCAUGA